UGCAGCCGCCCUCAUGGCGCCGUGUCGAGGCGCGUUGGGCAUCUGCCUCCUCCGCCUGCUCCUGCUGCCGGCAGCCGUUUUGGGAGAGGACUGUCCAGCAUAUACUGGUUAUUUUGGCGAAGUACAACUUGCACAACCCUGUCCUCAUUUCUGCUGUGGAACUUGUCUGAAUCGAUACUGCUGCUCUAAUGUAUUACUAAAAUUUGAUGAACAAAAACUCCAGUGCAAUCAGCUUACUGAAAGGAUAUCUGACAUAAAAGACCCUGUGGAAGCUUUAAAGAAGAUCAAUGAGAAAUUGAAGGAAUUCCGUGAAUCGCCGUCCAACAGCUGGAUGUCUGAUUCACAGAUUUUUCAGGAUCCUGAUGAUUUCCUCUAUUCUGCUGGCUCCAGUUUUGGAACCCUUAUUGCCAUUGGAGUUACUGUUUUUGCAGUGAUUAUCAUUACUAUUAUUCUGUGCCUCACCUGUUCCUGUUGCUGUCUGUACAAAGCAUGUCGAAGACCACGGCCUGUGGUGACCACCACUGCCACCACAACGGUGGUUCACUCUGCCUAUCCCCAACAACCAGCAGUGCCACCCAGCUACCCAGCAGCUCCAUAUCAAGGCUACCAGCCCGUGGCUGUCCAGCCCCAGCCGGGGAUGCCAGUGGCUCCAUACCCUACACAGUACCCUCCCCCUUACCCCAUGCAGCCGGCGGGACCCCCAGCUUACCAUGAAACUGUGGCAGCUGGUGAUGGAGCCCCUUACCCCACCCAGCCCCCUUACAACCCUGCUUACAUGGAUCCUCAGAAGCCCACCUAUUGAAAAGCUCCUCUACUGUGCUUCUGCAUACAAAACUUUUCAAAAUAUAAUUUGUUCUGUUUACACCACGCACCUGUAUUAUAUUUUCCUGAAAGACAACAAUCUUUUGUCUAAGUAGAGUGAAAAUCAAUUCAGUAUAUUCUUUUUUUUUUAAUACUCCAAGGAAGGAGUAUUUUUCUUGCAGAAGUUAAUUUAUACCUCAAGCAAAUACAAAAAGAAUUUUUGCUCUAGAUACAAUGAGAGAAGCGUGAAGGAGUGUUUCAGAAGUACAGAACCACAAUACCAUUUGCUGUGCAAUACUUUUGAGAUGAAUGAUCUAAUAUGAGCAUUGUCAAAUACCCAAAGCUGUAGCAAUCUUUUGCACAGUAUUAAAAUGUAAAAACUUAACCUCUAAGAAACUACCUGAUAUAUGUUAUGUAAGUUCUGACUGUUUUGAAGCUUCUAUUCUUAGGUAAGCUACCAUUUAAUACAUUUCAUUUACUAUUCAAAAGGGAAUUUCCCUUUCUUGCAACACAUGUACCUUUGAUAAGGGGUAGUAAACCGUGUUUAAUUGCCUUUGAGCUAAUUCUAAAUAGCACCAGUUGGUUAUUUCCUUGUUUUCUGUUCCAAUGUUAAGGUUUAUAAACUGUGCCUCCAUCGGGUGUUAUAGCUAGAAAUUAAGACUCCCUGCCACUUAAUGGACCAAACAGAUCAAAAGCUGAAACCCUGAAAAUUCUUCAUAGAAAUUAUUGGAUGAGUAUUUCUUGUUCAGGUAGUAUUGGACAAGCUUACUUCAACCAUCUGUUGUUGAUGAGUUUGGAAUUAAAAUCAGCCCCUUAAUCACAUGUUAAGCAGAGUACCUUGGCAGCUUUCAGUCCUGCCUCAUCACAGAGAAGGAAUUUAUUUUACAGGAGAGAUGGAAUAUCAGCAGAAGAUUGGGGUUUUCAAAUGCUCAGGGUUUUUCCACCGUCUCUAGUGGGAACUGUAGGUGGCAGGAGCCUAAGAAUUACAGAACUCUGUAAAUCCAAUCUGCAUUGGAGUAACAGUAUGCUGGGUGAGGGGCCACAGUGGGCAUUAAACCUCCCUUUUGUCUUCAACAUUCCUGUAAAGCUGAGCAGAGAAUGAGAAGUCAGGGAGAGGAAGGACUUGGUCACAGCCAGGUGUAAUGUAUUUUCAAGAAGGUGAUGCUGUCAGUCAUGAAACAUCUUGAGAUGUCCUUAUGACUGUCAGCAGUGCUGGGGCUUCAGGCUUUAUGAAUCUUUUAUUGUUCAAACAAGUAAGGUGGGGUUUUUUUCACUGUCUUCAACAAUUCUGUCUUUUCUGACAUUGAAAUGCAAUUCGUUGUUACUCCUCAUAGAACAAUGUAGUUAUUUACAUGUAUCACUGUGACAUAAUCAGUGAAAUAAUUUGAACAUAUCUUACACUGAUUUUACUUUUUUUAGAGAGGCCAUCGAGCCUUUUGUCCUGUGAUUCUACAUUUGGGGCAUAUUGUUUAGUGGCAUUGUUUUACCUCACAGAGUGGAUGGAAAUUGCUGCUGUCAAAGGCAGCCUUAUUCCUCUUCCUGAUUUUUUGAGUCUAUUUCUGCAUUAUUCCAAUUAUUUUUUUAAGAAAGUUUUCAGGGCAUUUCAGAAGAAACUUGUUGAAAGUUUUUUACACUGGGGUUCAUGACAACCUGUGCCCCCUCUGUUACACCUCUCUGAGUGUUGAAGUUAAUAGCAUGAAACAGUGUCAAAAGGCACUUACAGAGCAUGUAUUCAUGUAUCCUGUGUCUAUGUGUUCCUCCUCUUUCCUGCCUUGUCAGCUGAGAAAUUGGGCAAAACUUCAUCACACUGUCAGGUGUUACAUGGGAACAACCAAAAAAGCAGGGUGUCUCCUGUAUGGAGGAGGAAGUGUUGCAUUAGAAAUCUGGAAUGAUUCUGUGGUAGGGCACUGAGUAACUGCAGAAAUAAAUCCCUUGCUACAUAUCCUAAUCCCUGGAGUUUAUUCAUGGAGAAGGAGGAGGUGGAGAUUGUUCCAGCACCUUUGUUAGCCUGGGUGGAGCCAGGCCAGGGAGAGCACAGGUACAGCAUCCAGUGUGGGGCUUCCUGAGGUUGUUACUGUGCCCUGCUCUUCCUGUCCCCCACCUGGUGUGACAAAGGGAGCAGCUCAUGGCAGUCACAGUGUCACUUUUGGGUUGUGAGAGGGAAAUCUGCCAUUUCAUGGCAGGAUGGCUCAGUCAUCACCCCUGAGGAGAUGGGAAGAAAAUAAGAUGGCAGCAAUAACAGACAUUGCCAGAUAUGAGGUUUUGGGGUGGAGGUUGUACAGACCAAACACAUGGUCCUGAAUUGUCACUAUUCUGUGUGUGGUGAUGGGAGAUGAGGGCUAGGGUUAGGGAGCCUGGAAAUGGACACCUUUCCUUCAGUGGACAUGUGCAAAUGAUAACUAUAUACAAGUGAUCAGUCACUAUUACUAAUUCAGUUACAAAACUUACUGAAAGAAGAUAAAAUGGUCCAGUUUACAAUUAAUCAGACUGUGAUUAAUUUCUUAUUGUUGGUGCAUUAAUCAUCAUUAACAAUGAGGUGUAGGACCAAAUUUUAUUUGGUUCUUGCCCUGCAGCCUUGUUGAAGCUUGUUUUCAAAUUCUGAAGGAAAAUGGGGUGGUUACAGAAAAGAUGGAGAUGAUCCCUAAGUUUUCAGUUUAAGCACUGUUGAUGUGUCAGUCCCUAUAGCUGCUGCCUUCAUGUCACACUUGUUCUCCACAGUGCUGUAGAGAGGGAGCUAAGACUUUAAAUGUUGAUAUAUCUUAUUUUUUUUUAAAUUCUGUAAGUGCCUUUGUUUCAGAAACGUUUUGUGAAAUUAAAGAUAGUAGAAUAUUGAAUUUACUAGAUAAUCAUUGUUGCUUUUGUUACAUACUGUAACCUUGCUUUGUAUGUUGGUUGUAGGUUAAACGAGUACUCAAACCAAAUAGCAUAAAGUCUAUGCACCUUUGUAAUAAAUGCAGUGUUUGAAGUACA